AUGUUGAUGCUCGCAGGCGCCCGUGGCGCGCGGCCCGCGCGGGCGCAGGCGCGCGCGGGGGCGGAGAGGGCGCGGGGGCGGCGGGCCGGCGUCUGCGCCGGCGCGCGCGUCGCGCGGCGGCGGGCGGUGCGUGUUUGCGCGGAGCAGGAGAGGUCCACGCAGACCAAGGACGUGGACGAGGAGGAGUUUCUGGCGGGGUUCAAGUACGACGGAGCCCUGCAGAGGUGGAUGAAGGACGACAAGGUGAACUACUACUCGACCAAGGCCAAGACGCUCGACGGCGAGUACACUGUGUGGCCCGCAAUCUACCUCUACCUGGAGCAAAAGGGCCUCACCUCCCUGCCGGGCGAGGAGGUCGAGGAGACGAUGAGGAAGGGGGGCUGCGUGUUGCUGGACACGCGCAUCCCGGACGACUUCGAGAUGGAGCAUAUCGAGGGGGCUGUCAACGCCCCGCUCUUCCGGGUCAUCCCGUCGGAUAGCGACAGGUGGUUUGACAAGCUCAAGCGCGUGGCGAUGGCCGGCAUCGCGAUGAAGGCCACGGAGCGCAACCCCGACUUCGUGGCCCAGGCGGAGCAGGCGAUCGGGGACAAGAACAAGCCCGUGGUGGUGUACUGCACGAUGGGCGGCACGAUGGACACGCGCGUGGGCUACAAGUCCAAGAACUACAAAGACAAGGGCUUCGCGGACAAGGACCGCGCGUUCGGGCGCGAGUCGCGCUCCCUGAAGGCGUGCUACGAGCUCAUGAAGGCCGGGUUCAAGAACGUGUACCACCUGGACAAGGGCAUGAGCCAGUGGCGGUAUCGCGGGGGGCCGAUGGCGGGCGUGAAGUGGGAGGAGUGA